AUGGCCACCGACGCGCGGUCCGCCGCCGCCGACUCGUCCCCCUCCUCCUCGUCCCCCUCCUCCUCUGCCGCCGCCUUGGCCUCUCCUCGCGUCGGCGCAGGGUCUUUGCCUUCUCCUCGCGCCGGCUUUGCGAGCGCGCCCUUCGGUGUCGACGAAGACGACGACCCUAACCUCCCAGAGGGAGCGACAGGCGAAGAGACUCAGGAUGCCAUCCUCAGCCUGAUCGAGAGCGAAUCGCUCGGGCCCACCUUCAGGUCGGUGUUUGAGCAGGAGAAGGAGCAGGAGUUCAUCCGCACGCUCGCUCUCUUCAUUCGCGGCAAGAGGAAGGAGAUCGAAAACGUCUGCAAUUUCCAUUACCAGGAAUUCAUUCACAGCGUGGACGAGCUGCUGGCCUUGCGCACGGAGACAGGCCAGCUGAAGGACGAUAUCGUACACCUCAACACACAGAUCCAAGCCACGGGCACCUCGCUCCUCGAUAAGUCGCAAGCGCUGCUCGAGCUGCGCGCCACUCAUGCCAACAUCAACGCGGCGAUCGAGGAGCUGUCGCGCUGCGUCUUUGUCUUCCACCAGUGCGAGCAGGCCAACCGACAAAUCAAAGACGGACAGUUCUACAAGGCCCUCAAGGCGCGCGUCUUGGGCGAGAUCGAACACCAGUCAUUGCCGCAACUGCCUCAGUACGAGUUUGUCAAGUUUCUGGAAAGCAAGAUUCCAGCACUCAAGGAGACGAUCAAGAAAUAUGUCACCGACGAGUUUAACGACUGGCUGGUCAGUAUGCGCGAGCAUGCGAUCGACAUCGGAGCGCUGGCCAUCGAGCAGAUGACUGCGCAGAUCAAGGAGGAGCAACGAAUCAAGCAGGAGCUGCAGGUCCGCUCGAUUAGAUUAAUCGUCUACUACGCGCUCCUUCAUCGAAGGAAGGUGUUGACGUAG